ACGUAAUGGCGGCAAUGGCUAAAGAUGUUGCUAAUGAUGCUGAGGAUGGGUUACAAGAACUGCUAGAGAAGAAUGUUGAGUCUGUCGAAAUGAUGACAUUACGCAUAGUAUUUUGUAAUCCGAUCGGAGGGGAUCCAUUCAAAUCAGCUGUUGUAACCACUCAAGAACAGUUAAGCUCAUUAUACGAUUAUCCAAAUCAACGAACAAAUCUACUGAAGUUCAAGCACGUUUGGGAUGUCGAGAAGUUACAUCAACUCAUACGCAUGAAGAGAAAUCAAGAUCAAGACCAAGACCAUUGUACCAAAAGAAUUAAACUUGUACACGAUGACGAAUCCGCAGCAUUCAGAUUAUUGGAGGCAUAUCUGAAUGAUUUUGCCCAUCACCAAAAAUGUCUUGAGAAGGUGCUACUCAGCUGUAGUGAUUUAAAGGAAUCAGCUAUGGUUUUAAAUGCCCACUUGUUCGGACCACUCAGUGACGAAAACUGCAUUAUUAAUAACCAUAUUGUGAGAAAAGAAGACUCCAUUUGUGGCUGUGGUUGUGGAAAAGAGAUUAGAAGAGGAAAUACAGGAAUUGGAGUUUAUUCUACCUGGCAUGGGUUCGUCGAUAUGAUUAUAAAAGAAAACCUCCCUGUGGCAAUUUUGGAUGUGGGUGAAUCUACAGCAGAUCAGGAAGACGAAGCAGAAGAAGGCUGUGUGCAUGAUAAACAAAAGUCCGGUACCAGUCAGUUAAUCGCAGAAACAAUCACAAAUGCCUUUGCUCAGGUCAACUCAAACAAUGAUCAUUCUGGUCUACCCAUACCAGCGUUUGGUUGUACACCCAAGCAGCUGUCUGUCUGUUUGUAUGACUGUAAAAACGAUGUUCUUUUAAAAAAAAUAAUACCUUUACAUCUCUUCAAAAAAACUGACAGUGUCUCAACAGUGAUUAUGAUAUGGCUGUACAUGAAUUUCCGAUUGUUUAUGAGAAGAGAUGUUACUGACCUUAAUGCACACUCUGAUCUCUCUGAAUAUCAGGCACAGUUUUUUGCCACAGAUGCCAACAUACAGGAAUUUUACUCCAAAGUAAAGCUUGGGUUUACUGGAUGUAAGCAUCCAGAUCGGCCAAUACUGACUAGUGUUGUGAGACUUGAUAAAGAAUAGUUGAAGUGUAUGUAUGGAGAACUCUUGAUACAUAACAGAGGUGGGAAGAAAAAUUGAAUAAUUAAUUACAAAUGGAUAAAACGAUAUCAGUGAAAAUCAGAUAAUGUU